AACACUUCCAGACGACGACAUCGAUGAUGGCAGAACCAAGCAGCAGCAAGACCAGUUCGAGGACAGAGGAAUCGGUGCCCAGAUUCCCCUUCACUCCGCCACUCGACAGCCGAUGGGAACAAGUCAACGAGUUUCCUUCCGCCGAGCUGCCCGUAUCGGGCGACGACGAAGAAUACGAAUGGACCGAAGAAGUCGAAUACUUGACCUUCGAUUUCGGCCACUCUCAUGCUCCUAGCCCGAUUAACUCUUACUCCGGUUUCCAAGUCUUGGGUUUGAACACGGCCGAGCCAUACUUGAAGAUAGGUGAUCAAAUCUACCGGGGAGAGUACGAGAGUCUCGUCGGGACUGAAUUAAUAAUGCGACCGGUGUCGGCAUCAGAGAACGGAAAGAAAAUGAGUAGACAGCGAUCAGGAACCGAAGGACAAGGAGAAGAAGAUGAAGGAGGGGAUGAAGGACCAGAAGAAGAUGAAGAUGAAGAACAAGGAGAUGAAGCAGAUGAAGGAGCAGGAGGAGGAGGAGCAGGAGGAGAGAAAGUGAAAGUGAGCUAUGAACCGCUAACCCACACACAUUCGCGGAUCCGCUGGGUACCAGUGAAUCUGAUCGAGAAAGAAGCAGGGUCGAGUGACCCAGACUCUUCGAGUCCCGAAGCCGUCACGGGCGCCGACCGGAAGACGAAGAAGCGAUCCGGGGCGGGCGCCGGCGGCCGGCACUGGGCCAGUCAUUGGACUAAAUUCACCCCUCGGGCUAACCGCUCAAAAAAUAAAGUGGUCGUCCAACCUCAGCCUCCACCUGAAACUCAACCUGGAGCGGAACCUCAACCUCAUCCUCAAUCUUCUCAGCCGGAUCAGCCAUGAUUAUGUCCCUUGGGGACCCUCUCAACUUUCCUCUAUUCAUUACCUUAUACGCCGCCCAAUCGAAGUUUAUAGGAGCCGCAAACCUAAGCAUAUGUGAUCAUGCUCUUCAAAACAUUUACA